AUGGCUGCUCAAAUCAAUACCCAGAAAAAGAAAGUGGGCCAAAACAUUAAAGUUGUUGUGAGAGUCAGACCCUUCAACGAAAAAGAAUCCCGAGGCCGGUCCAGAAUGGCAGUUAACUGCAUAUCGCCCAGAGAAAUCCAGACAAAAGAUAAAAAAUACUGCUUCGACAGGGUUUUCCAACCCGAUUGCAACCAGCUGGACAUUUACUCGUACGUCGUCGAGCCGAUGAUCAACGACGUACUCGCCGGAUACAAUUGCACCGUUUUCGCUUAUGGACCAACUGGUACAGGAAAAACGCAUACCAUGACUGGAGGUGAUCCUAGUUCCCUGUCUUCACUGGAUUGGAGACGAAACGAAAAAGCCGGUUGUAUUCCCAGAGUGGCCGCCAACAUAUUCGACGAAAUCGCUUCGAGGAAAGUAAAUGAUUACAACGUUCGUGUAUCAUUUCUGGAGCUUUAUAAUGAAGAAGUACGAGAUUUAUUGAAUCCAGACGAGCGCCAGCCACCAUUAAACAUCUUCAAUGACAACAAGGGCGCCGUCUUCAUACAAAACCUAAAUGAAAAAAACGUCUUCAACAGCAAUGACAUAUACGAACUACUGAAACAAGGCACACUAAGAUUAGAUCUGGCCGGCAGUGAAAAUAUCGCGAAAAGCGGCGCCAAAGAUAAAAGGGCUCUGGAACUGGCCAACAUUAAUCGGUCGCUGUUGAUAUUGGGACGCGUGGUACAAAGUUUGACAGAAAAAAGCAAUAGGCACGUUCCUUAUCGGGAUUCGAAGCUAACGAGAAUUUUGCAGGACAGUUUAGGAGGCCACACCAAAACCUGCAUCAUCGCCACCGUGUCUCCAGCUGACAGCUCCUACGAAGUAACCCAGUGUACUCUAGAAUAUGCAAUGAGGGCUAGGGACGUCAAAAACACUCCGAUGGUCAACGAAAAAGUAACACAAGUCCAAAUGUUCAAACAACUGACAACGGAAAUUGAAGAACUAAAACGCAAAUUAGAAGCCACUCGACUUGGCGAAGGCGGAGGCGGAGGCUUUUUCGUGGCGCAACAACACUGGGACGAAAUACAAAAUCAGCUUCACGUCAACUCAAAUUCGUUAACAAUGAAAAACGAAAUUAUGGACGGCAUGAAAAAGCGCCUGGCCGAUCUCGAAGUGAUACAAAAAAUUAAAACGCGCGACUACGAGGAAGCGAUGAAAAAUUGCAAAAACAAAGAGAAAAUCAUCCACAAAGCGACGGCGCUUCUCAAAGAACACCGUGAAAAUUUGCAACAGGAAAAGUAUUUGUCCAAAAAUUAUUUCCAAUCGGUGCAAGACGAAAACACCCAGGCGAAAUGUUUGCUGCAGGCCACCAAUACAUUGAUUGACAGUCACAACAUGCUGCAGUUCAAACUCGAAACCCAAUAUUUCAAUAGUCUCUCCAACAACCGUUUAAUACAGGAAAAGUGUCGCAGUUUGCAAGAAACUAUUGUUAGCGGUCGGGAGCAAUUGGACAAGAUGUCGUUAACGUCACAGUCUGCCGUGACCAAUCAAAUGGCUGUUUUGGAAGAAAGUGCGCGGGCGUGUCACCAGGAAAUGGAGCGUUGCGCUGCUUGGAAAAAGGAAAUCGAGGAUGUGGCUAAUAAUAAGAACGGAGUGAGUGAGGUUAUAGAGGAAAGACGGAGUUGUUUUCAGAAAUACACGACAAGACAUGCGGAGCAGCUGAACAAAGUGAGAUCGCGUUUCAGGGACAUGUUAUACAAGCAAAUACAACACAAAAGGCAACAAAUCAAAUUAUUGGAACAAGAAGUCGAAGAAAUGGUAGAAACGUUGGAAACAAUCGACAGAGAAACCAACAACUUUAUUAUCGAGGAGGAAGAAGAUAAAAAUAUGUUGAUCAACCAAAAAAUCGACACGGAAACGGCCGAUUUGAACCUCAACCAAACUCAUAUUAAUACUAUGAAACAAAUGAUCGCCUCAACAGAAAAAUCUCUAAAAAUGCACAUUUCUGAGCAAAAAUCACCAUUAGAAACGACUGAGAAAAUAGGAAAAGAUUUAUUGGAUGCGUGGAAUCAGGCGAUUCGAGCCGACGAUACUCCGAAUAAAAUCAGCGUCAAUUAUCCGAAACAGGUGGGCGAUGGAGCUUUGCCCAGGGAUGUGCUUAUUAAAAAGUUUAAAGAGGAAUUUGAUGAAGAUAUUAGUAAUGAGUCUUUCCAUUUUAACGUGUCAACAAAUACUGAGGUGAGUUAG